AUGGCCGCGUCCGUGGCGCGGCGGCUCCUGCGGCCCCUCCUGGCUCGCCAGGGCCUCCGGUGCAGCGAGAACCCCGGGAGAAGCUUCGCUACGGAGAAACGGGCCCGGAACCUCCUGUACGAGCACGCACGCGAGGGCUACAGCGGGCUCCCCUGCCUGGACAUGGAGUCGCUGUGCGCAUGCCCAGAGGCGGCCGCGCGCUCCCUGGAGCUGCGCAAGGGCGAGCUGCGCCCGGCCGACCUGCCUGCCAUCAUCUCCGCGUGGCAGGCACUGCAGCAGCUGCGGGAGCAGAUCCGGAGCCUGGAGGCAGAGAAGGAGGCGGUGACAGAGGCAGUGCGGGCCCUGGUGGUAAACCAAGACAGUGACCAAGUGCAGAAGGACCCCCAAUAUCAGGGCCUGCGUGCCCGUGGCCGGGAAAUCCGGAAACAGCUCUCGCCCUUGUACCCCAGAGAGGCCCAGCUGGAAGAGCAGUUCUACCUGCAGGCUCUGAGGCUGCCCAACCGGACCCACCCAGACACGCCUGUUGGGGACGAGAGCCAGGCGAGAGUGCUCCGUGUGGUGGGAGACAAGCCAGUUUUCUCCUUCCGACCCCGAGGCCACCUGGAAAUUGGCGAGAAACUCGACAUCAUCCGGCAGAAGCGCUUGUCUCACGUGUCUGGCCACCGGUCCUACUACCUGCGCGGGGCUGGGGCCCUCUUACAGCACGGCCUGGUCAACUUUACCCUCAGCAAGCUUGUCCGCAGGGGCUUCACCCCCAUGACGGUCCCGGACCUUCUACGAGGAGCUGUGUUUGAAGGCUGUGGAAUGACACCAAAUGCCAACCCGUCCCAAAUUUACAAUAUUGACCCCUCCCGCUUUGAAGAUCUCAACUUGGCUGGGACAGCAGAGGUGGGGCUGGCAGGGUACUUCAUGGACCACUCUGUAGCUUUCAGGGACCUGCCAGUCAGGAUGGUCUGUGCCAGCACCUGCUACCGGGCAGAGACAGACACUGCGAAGGAGCCUUGGGGGCUGUACCGAGUUCAUCACUUCACUAAAGUGGAGAUGUUUGGGGUGACAGCCCCUGGGCUGGAGCAGAGCUCGCAGCUGCUGGAUGAGUUCCUGUCCCUGCAGGUGGAGAUCCUAACUGAGCUGGGCUUGCACUUCCGGGUGCUGGACAUGCCUACCCAGGAGCUGGGCCUUCCUGCUUACCGCAAGUUCGACAUUGAGGCAUGGAUGCCCGGCCGAGGCAGCUAUGGAGAGGUCACCAGCGCCUCCAACUGCACAGACUUCCAGAGCCGCCGCCUGUAUAUCAUGUUUGAGGCAGAGGCUGGGGAGCUGCAGUUCACACACACGGUGAAUGCCACUGCUUGCGCUGUUCCCCGAGUCCUCAUUGCUCUCCUGGAGAGCAACCAGCAAGAGGAUGGCUCCGUCCUCGUGCCUGCCGUUCUCCAGCCCUAUGUAGGCACUGACCGGAUCACGGCCCCCACCCACGUGCCUCUCCAGUACAUUGGGCCCAACCAGCCCCAGAAGCCCAGGCUCCCCGGCCAGCCCGCUGCCCGCUGA